AUGGCCACCCCCAGUGUUCUCACCUUUGACGCUGAGGGUCGGGCUGUUGACUUUGAGGUCUGGGAAGAUGAUCUGCAGCUUUUCCUACAGUGCGAUAGGGCAGACGGUCUCUCUCUGUUUGACCUCACCUCUGGUGCCUCUCCUGCCCCUACUGCUGAUGCUGACGCCACUGUUCGCUCACAGUGGGCCACGCGCGAUGCUGCUGCUCGCCAUGCUGUGCGCCGCCACUUACCGACCGCUGAGCGCGCGCAUUUUAGUCAGUACAAGAGUGCUAAGACCUUGUACGACGCUGUCGUUGCACACUACUCUUCCCCUGCCACUGCUGCCCUUAGCCGCCUCAUACUGCCGUACCUCUUCCCUGACCUCGCCGCUUUUCCCACAGUCGCUGACCUCAUUACGCACCUUCGCACUAGUGACACCCGCUACCGCGCUGCGCUUCCUGCUGAGUUCUGCGCCAAGAACCCCCCCCCUAUGUACAUCACCCUCUACUACAUAGUCACCCGGCUCCCUGACACCCUUCGCUCGGUCAGGGACCACUUCCUCUCUGUUUGCCCCACCACCCUCACCGUUGACCUCCUCGAGGAGCGCCUCCUAGCAGCAGAAAAGAGUAUAGUCGCUGUAGGAGCCUCUCGUGGUGACCCUCGUACCCCUGUCUUUGAGGGGUGCUCCCCCUCCCCCCUCUUGCCCUCUGUUGCCUCUGCUGCUGCAGCCGACCUCGUUGGUCUUGAGUCGGUCGGCGCGGCGUCUGCCCCUAGCGGGAGACGCCGCUCAGGCAAGGGCAAGGGGGGCAAGGGCGCUGGAGGAGCUGGCGGGGGCGGUGGAGGUGGCGGUGGAGGCGGCGGAGGGGGUGGGGGUGGCGGUGGGAGUGGUGGCGGGAGUGGGGGCACUAGUGGCGGCAGUGGAGGCGGAGGAGGCGGCGGUGGUGGCGGUGCGAGCGGAGGUGGUGGAGGUGGAGGCGGUGGUGGAGGUAGCGGCGGCGGAGGUGGAGCUGGUCGGGGCGGCUCUUCGCAGAGGGUCGGCUCCGGUGGUGGUCAGCGCCAGCAGCAGCAGCAGCAGCGCACUCGUGAGACCCCUUCCCCCCAGCAGCUUCGUGAGUGGUACACUGCUCGUCAGCGGGGUGGGGGUGCUGGCCCCUGUACCUACGUUCUACGUACAGGCGACCGCACGGGUGAGCAGUGUGGGGGUCCGCACUCCACCCAGCGCUGCUUCGGCCGCCUGACGGACGCUUGGCGUCAUCAGUUCCCCGACGCUACUGAGAUCCCUCGCUGGGGCGAGCUGUUUAGGGCGGGUGUUGCGAUCUUUGAUCUUGAUUAUGAUGCUAUUCUAGCUGCAAUGUAUGCUGUGACUAUUAGUGAUGAGGGUGACUGUUACCGGUGUUUUCCGCCUGACCCGGCCAUUGAGGCUGCUGCUCUAGGUGCUGGUGAGGCUGCUGCUCUAGGUGCCAGUGAGCCUGCUGCCCCAGGUGCUGGUGAGUCUGCGCUCUCAGGUACCGCGUCGGCUCCGGCCACCCACACCUUCACCCUUGACUCGGGUGCUUCCCGCUCCUUCUUUCGAGACCGCACCACGCUUACGCCGCUUAGUCGGCCAGUGGCAGUCUCCCUGGCAGACCCCUCUGGGGGUCCUGUCCUUGCCCACUUCUCCACUGUUCUACCGUGUCCGGCGGCCCUUUCUGGCACCCUGUCGGGUCUUUACCUCCCCUCUUUCUCUACGAACUUGGUGAGUGGUGCUGACCUCCAGGAUGGAGGGGUUCACCAGUUCACUCCUGCGAGUCAGCGAGUGACCCACUGUACCUGUGCUCGGACGGGCCGUCACUUGGCCACGUUUACCCGUCAGCCGGGGUCGAGCCUGUACACACUGACUACUGAGUCUCCUCCGGUCGCUGAGUCUGCUCAGGUAGCCGCGUCGGGUCAGGUGUUUGCUGCGGCGUCCAGGUCUGGUCCUGAGUCUGCCCCCUGCUCGUGUCGUCUCCUGUCUCACCAGACUCUCCUCUGGCACCACCGCCUUGGUCACCCCUCCCUGCCUCGUCUUCGAGGCAUGGCCUCCCGUGUCCUUGUCUCUGGUCUCCCCCGGUCCCUCCCUCCCCUUCCUCCGAGGCCUGCCCCCACCUGCGUUCCCUGCGUCGAGGGGCGGCAGCGCGCUGCUCCUCACUCCUCCGAGUUUCCUCCGACAGAGGCUCCGCUGCAGACGCUUCACAUGGACGUGUGGGGCCCAGCCCGCGUCCGUGGACAGGGUCACGAGCGUUACUUCCUGCUGGUGGUUGACGACUACCCGCGUUACACCGCAGUCUUCCCCUUGCGCAGCAAGGGUGAGGUCACUGAGACCUUCACGCUUCCGGACUCUCCGCAGCAAAAUGGGAUUGCUGAGCACCGCAUUGGCAUGGUCAUAGACGUCGCUCGUACGUCCAUGGUCCAUGCGGCUGCCCCCCAUUUUCUGUGGCCGUUUGCGGUUCGGUACGCGGCGCAUCAGAUCAACCUUCAGCCCCGGGUCUCCAUGCCGGAGACCUCCCCUGCUUUGCUGUGGACGGGGAAGGUUGGCGAUGCGUCUGCGUUCCGUGUCUGGGGAUCUCGGGCGUUUGUCCGCAACUUGUCUGCGGACAAGCUGUCCCCUCGUGAUGUUCCCUGCGUCUUCCUUGGCUUCCCCCCUGACGCGCCGGGCUGGGAGUUCUACCACCCCACCUCGCGCCGUGUUCUGUCCUCCGAGGACGUCACGUUUGACGAGUCGGUUCCCUACUACCGUCUCUUCCCCUACCGCACUGCGUCCCUCCCCCCCCCGCCGCUCUUCCUUACGCCAGGUCCCCCUCCGGUAGACCCCCUCCCCCCUCAGGAUCCUGCCCCCUCAGGUGUGUCUCAGGUAGACGCAGUCGACCCUGUCGAGGUAGCUGUUGACUCUGGUGCUGCUAGGGGUGCUGAGCCUGCGGGUGCUGGGUCUGGGGGUGCUGAGCCUGGGGGUGCUGACUCUGGGGGUGCUGCGCCUGGGGGUGCUGAGCCUGGGGGUGCUACGCCUGGGGGUGCUGCGUCUGGGGGUGCUGAGCCUGGGGGUGCUGCGUCUGGGGGUGCGGAGUCUGAGGGUACUGGACCUGCUCGUGUGGCGUCUGGCGGUGCUGGGCCUGGAGGUUCUUCGGGUGCUUCGUCCCGGCGGGAGCUACUCUCUCCACAGGAGCUGCGUGAGUGGUUUGCCCGGCGCUGGAGGCGAGCUGCUGGAGCUGGAGGUGCUCCGGGUGCUGGAGGUUCUGCUGCUGCUGAGGGUGCUGGUGCCGCGGGUCCCGGAGGUGCUCGUACUGGGAGUACUGGAGCUGCUGGGCCUGCGGGUGCUUCUCGUACUGGAGCUGGUGGUGCUGCGGGCGUCGGUGCUACUGAGGGUGCUGGAGCUGGACCCGCUGCGUCUUCUGGUGGUCCGGCUGGAGCUGGAGCUGCUGGGGGUGUUGGCGCUGAGGGUGCCUCUGGUGCUGGUGCCUCUGAGGGUACUGGAGUUGGCGCUGCUGGAGCUGGGGGUGCUGCUGGCGCUGGUGCUGUCGUUCGGGGUGCUGGUGCUGUCCCUUCUGGUGCUGAUGGUGCUGAGCGGCCGCGGCCGUACUUCGUUCCGCUCCUUGAGCAGGUUCUUGGUCUUCCGCCCUCUGCUAUUCCGGCUCCUCCCUUAGAGUGUCCACCACCUGUCCAGUCCGAGUCACAGUUACAGCCUACCUCUCCUCUGCCUGCUCCUUCUCCCUACACUGGUCCUACUGGAGGUCUUGCUGAGCGUCGUGAGCCUGCGUCUCGUCCUGCGUCGCCUGUCCGUGCUGCUCGCACUAGUAGUCGUGGUUCGCGUCCGCGUCCUCCCCCUGUCCUCGGCACGCACCGGAUGUCUCUGCGUCCCUCCACUGCUCCGCUGCGUGCCCCUUUUCCUUCUCCUCCUGAGUCCUCUCUUCCUGUUCUUGCUGACCCGGAGUCGGACUCCCUUCGUGCUGCCAGUCCUACUGUCACGCGUCUCCUUGCUACUGUCGUCACUGACCCUUCCUUUGAGUCCGCUGCUGCGUCUGCCUUAGUUUCUGAGCUUGUCAACUUCGCUGCUCGCUGUCGCCUAGACUACGCUGCUAGUCUUGUCACUGAGUCUGAGUCUGUCUGUCCUCCGUCCGUCGGGGGUGAGUGUGCCCUUGGCACGGACGUCCUUGAGGACAGGCAGGAGGAGUUCCAGUGCUUUGCUGCUGCUUCACCUCAUCUCGUGUCCAUGCUGCUUGCCCCUGAGGGAGACCCGGAUGCACCAGACAUCCCGACUCCGCACUCUUACGCGGAGGCGAUAGAGGGUCCCUACUCCUCUCAGUGGCAGGCAGCCAUGGAUGCAGAGAUGGCUUCGUGGAAGUCCACAGGCACCUACGUCGACGAGGUUCCCCCUCCUGGGGCGAACAUCGUCAGUGGCAUGUGGAUUUUCAGGGUGAAGCGGCCGCCGGGUUCUCCGCCUGUCAUCAAGGCGCGCUACGUGGCUCGUGGCUUCACUUCACUCUCUUGA